AUGGACGAAGUCGUGGGCAACCUCGGGCGAAGCCCGUGGCAUGCGACGGAGCGUUGUGGCAAGGCCUUGGCAAAAGCUCCGGCGGGGACGGCGCAAGUGUUGGCAACCUCGGUCAAAGGCCCGGGCCAAGCGUUGGUGAGAGCUCUGCACGGUCCGGGCAAAGUGUUGGCAAACCUCGGGCAACGCCCGUGGCAAGUGAUGCAGCGUUGUGGCAACAGUCGGCAAAGCUCUGGCACGGUCGGGGCAAAGGGUUGGAGCUCGGGCAAAGGACGUAGCAGGUGCUUGCCAGGGUCCGGACCUGCCACGGGCGAAGUCGGGACAGGCCCGGGGCAAGUCCUUGCAAGAGGCGCAAGGUCCGGCACGUCCCGACAGGCCCCUGGCACGUCCAUGAGUGGAAAAAGCCCAUAUUGCUCUAUAGGGGGGGAGCUCCAACCCCCCCCUCCCCAGCCAGGUGGGGCCCGACCUGGCAGCGUGGGUCCCCCAUGUAUUGAUGGGACCCCGGACCCACGCGACCGGCAGGCGGCCGGUGGCGGCCGCCGGCGGCGGCCCUCCGGCGACUUUUCCGGCGAACCCUCAAAAUCGAACGUGACGCUCGGCGGGGGUUCGUCGGUUGCUGUUGGGGGGCCGCAAAAAUCGUUCUGGAAAGAUUUGGUUUGCCCUCCCCCCUUCCCGAAGGGGGGUUGGCAAACCGCCACCCCCUCCUUCCACGCGCCUUCGCGUGCGAGAUUCCCCGGUCGCGCUGGUGAACAAGCUUGCUUUGUAGGCAUUUGCCCAGGAUUGGUUGGUAAGAAAGAGCGAGGGAUGGGCGUGCCCCGGUUUGCGAGGGAAAUGAUGGGCCUUUCUCGUAUUUGA